ACAGGGGCCAGCCCGCUCUCCCCCUUCCCAGCAGCCGCAACGUCACUUCCGGAGCCCUGCGGGCGCUCGAACGCUGCUUCCGGUUGGCUGGAAGGAGCAAGGCCCGGAAUUCAUUCCCCGCUGUAGCGCUCGGUCAGACGCUGGCGUUCAUCGGAUCGCAGAAAUCCCCGCUGAGAGCACAGGCAGCACAUAAACAAUGGAUUCCUUUGACCUUAAGGAUGAAAUCACUGAAGUCAUCGUUGACCCCGAUAUGUAUGAUGAUGCUUCAGGCUCCGAUGUAGAAACGGACCGGGACGACGAGGAGAAUGGGGACGACGAGGAGAAUGGGGACGAUGAGGAGAAUGGGGACGACGACAGCUCCCACGAGGAGCACCAGAGAAGCCGCUCCCCCCCGACCCACGGCAGGAACCUGAGGAAACGCCAGCAGUUUUUUUGCCCCGAGUGCGAGCGCUGUUUCAAGAAUAACUCCGAGCUGGAGUCUCACCGCAAGAUGCACCGGGGGGAUUACCAGUACCACUGCGACAUAUGCGACCAGAAGUUCAAGUACAGGUCGGAAAUGCUGGCGCACCAGAAGGAUCAUUCCAGCCGGUCGACGGAGGACGUGGAUUACGUGGUGCCGCCCUUGAGCCCGCAGUCGAGCAGGAACUACGACAGGAGCCCCGAGCCUAAGAAAAACAUCUGCUUACCUGUAGGGGAGAAGCCGCACAAGUGCAACUACUGCGAGAAGAGGUUCAACGACAAAUCCAUCCUGGAAGCCCACCAGCGGAUCCACGUAGGGAAGCUGACGUACCCCUGCACCAAGUGUGAGGAGAGCUUCUCCAAGGCCUCGCUGCUCGCCGCCCACUUCAACACCCACAAGGACGGCAAGCCCUUCGAGUGCGACCAGUGCGACAAGAAGUUCAACGACCACUCGCUCCUCGUCGCCCACAAGAGGACCCACACCGGCGAGAAGCCUCAGAAGUGCAACACGUGCAACAAGUGGUUCCCCAACUCGGCCAGCCUGGCGGCCCACGGGGAGUGCCGCUCCAAGCCCAAACCCUAUCAGUGCCGGCACUGCGACAAAAGCUUCAACGACAAGGCGCUGCUGAUCACCCACGAGGGCGUGCACACAGACACUAAGCCCUUCAAGUGCACUCAGUGCAGCGAGAGCUUUUACUUGAAGACUCAGCUGGUGGCCCAUCAGGCCGUUCACGCCCCGGAAAAGCCCUUCCCUUGCAGCCAAUGCGAUAAGAGCUUCAACAAGGAAGAGACACUGAUGGCUCACAUUCGCGUCCAUAACCUGCAGCGGAUGCAGGUACAGACCACGUUGAUUCCGUGAGAUGCCACCGACCGCUGACUCUGCUUUGGGCACCGCAUGGAUCAGACGUCUCCCGAGCAUCCCAUUCGGCUUUUCCGUAACACUGAGAACGCUGCCGCCACGACUGCAGCACCCUUGCUAAUUGCCUCGCGGGUGGUGCUUGGGAUUUCUCCCAAUACAAAUACCCUCAUUUGCUUCAGGGUAUGUACAUAGUCAGCCUCCUCCUUCCCUCGAUCUCCGCCUCCUCGCAUCUCCGUAGCAACCGUGGAACCUUUCGUUUUUCUAUUGUGACGUUAGUACAGGUGAUACGUGUAGCGCCGGGGUAACCGUAGAUAGGCUGUAAAGCAACGCAGUCGCCAUUAUGGCGCCUCUUCGUCAGAGAUGCUUUGUCUGCUUUUGUAACAAUGGCCUUUUAUUGAUUAAAAAAAAAAAAACGACUUUGGGGGGUGGAAACUUUCUUUAAAAAGCGAUUUUUCUACACUGAAAAAUAAUACGUUGAGAUUUGCCUCGGUCUGAAGAUGGGAAUUUGCAAAUGCAUGCAAAACAACUGCUACGGGCGAUGUGUGGGGUCAGAAGGAGCCGCCGGAUGUGCCAUGGGGGAGAGACCACAGCGCCGUAUGAAUGUGCCGCGCCAUUCAGCCAUUUUAAUUAACGUUAAAGGUUUGGUUCCACUUUCCAUGAAAUGAAUACAACCAAUGAGCAAAGUUCAGGCUGCAUUUUCAUCUGGUUAACCCUUACCACUCAGUCGUUUGCCAUUGCAAGGGUCACAUGGGUCAGUAUGGUUCAGUCAUUCAGACUUUUUUGGGGGUUUUUUUUUUAAUGGACACAGUUACGUUAAUAAAUUGUUUAAUUUUCA